GAUCAAAACAGAAAGUUUAUGAAACAGAAGGUCGAGAAAUCUUAACCAAUCGGAGAAAUUUCAUUGCCUGACGUCAUAUAACUCGUAAGCGAACAGAAAGGGAGAGUAAGUCAAGCGCGCCAGCAUAAAUUGAGAUUUCAGAUAUACUAUCGCUUUAUCGUUUCUGAAAAGCGGACUUAAUAAAGUUUCAUAUCUUCCGUUUCAAAAUAAAAUAUGGAUGCCUCAUCGCAGAUGAUAUAUCCAUAUGAAAAUGGACAUCCUGAUGUACGAACUGGUGAUGAUUCAUUAUUUUCAACGGUAGAACCAGCACCUCCAGUUGAGAUUUUUGCACUUCAUAAAGCUUUUCAUGAAGAUAAUUUUACCGUGAAAGUGGACUUAACAAUUGGAGCUUACAGAGAUGAAGAAGGAAGACCUUGGGUUUUGCCAGUUGUAAGAAAAAUUGAGGAAGAAAUAACUUCUGGAAAUAAUAUCAGCCAUGAAUAUUUGGGCCAAUUAGGGUUAGAAGAACUCAGUCAUGCUGCUACAAAAUUGUUACUUGGAAAUGAUAACAUAGCUCUUAAACAAGGCAGGGCUUUUGGAGUACAAACCGUAGGUGGGACUGGUGCUUUAAGAGUAGGUGCUGACUUCUUAGUGAAGUGUGCAAAAUUAAAGAUUUUCUACAUGGCAGAUCCAUGCUGGCCAAGUCAUCAUCUAGUGUUUCCAUACGCUGGCUUUGCAAUUUGCCGUAUUUACAGAUAUUGGCAUUCCAUGAAAAAAUGUUUAGACAUUGAAGGACUUUUAGAAGAUCUUAGAGCUGCUCCUCAAGGUUCUGUGGUGAUAUUACAUGUUUGUGCUCAUAAUCCUACUGGGAUCGAUCCAUCAAAAGAUCAAUGGAUUAGAAUUGCUGACGUCAUGGAGGAAAGACACUUAUUUCCAUUCUUCGAUUGUGCUUAUCAAGGUAUUGCUUCAGGUGAUUUGGAAAAAGAUGCCUGGCCUGUCAGAUACUUUGCCUCUCGAGGAUUUGAACUUCUCUGUGCUCAAUCCUUUUCAAAGAAUAUGGGACUGUACAGCGAAAGAGUGGGAAAUCUGACAUUGGUAUUUAAGGAUCCAAAAGUGAUACCAAAUGUUCGUUCACACAUAACAAUGAUGAUUCGAGGGAAUUAUUGCAACCCUCCAAGACACGGAGCUGGAAUUGCAACCAGAAUACUUAAUGAUCCCAAACUCAUUGACGACUGGAAAAAUCAAAUUAAAACCAUUGCCAUCCGAAUCAAGCGAAUGAGAUGGGCUUUAAGAACAAAACUUCAAGAGUUGGGAACUCCUGGUAAUUGGGAUCAUAUCACUCGCCAAAUUGGAAUGUUCUGUUACUCUGGACUUACAGAAAAACAGGUAAAGUUCCUUAUCCAGCAGUAUCACAUCUAUUUGCCAACAGCUGGCCGAAUCAACAUUUGUGGUCUUAAUGACAAAAAUGUUGAAUAUGUUGCAAGAGCCAUUAAUGAAGCUGUCCUUACGUAUCCUUCUGAAGAGAAUGAUAACCAGAACAGACGUCGUAUUUUCAGCCCUUGAAGGAUAAAUUCUUCACUAAACUAGUGUUAGUGACUGAGAGCAGUGUAGACGAAGUUAGCUUCUUCGGAGUUGUUAAUCUAGAAGUAGUUAUUGUUGAGUUUGUUAUUUUAUUUUUUAUGUUUUUAUUGUUUAUAUUCUCGGAACUGUGAUCCAGCAACGAUGCUGUCUGUGUUGGCGAAAUAAAUCGACGUCAAUUUCAGAAAAUGUCAACCAUGUAUUUACCAUAUUUACGAUCAAUCAAAAAUAUCUCAGAUUAUGUAAUCCAUUUUUUUAGAAUAUUGUUUUAGUUUAUUAUUUUAAUAAAAUACUAUUAUAAAUGUA